AUGGCAACUACCGCCGGCGCCGCGCCCUCAACCCCCAGUAUUGCAGACCGUAUUCUCAACCCCCAGCAGCAGUUCGCCGGCCGCUUCGCGUUCAACGACUUCCUCCGCAAAGAGUACCGCUUCGGCCUCGACCCAAACCGCCGGACAUGCCCGCUAUUCGUCCAGGGACAUUGUCCCAUGGGUAAUUCGUGCCCCGAUAAGCAUGCCGUGAGCUCGAGCUUCAACAAUCUGGUGUGCAAGCAUUGGCUCCGCUCGUUGUGCAAGAAGGGCGAAGCCUGUGAGUUUCUACACGAGUACAAUCUUCGUAAAAUGCCGGAAUGCAACUUCUUUGUUCGCAACGGGUACUGCAGCAACGGCGAGGAAUGUCUAUACCUACAUGUCGACCCCGACUCUAAGAUCCCGCUGUGCCCGCACUACGAGAACGGUUUCUGCCCGCUCGGACCGACUUGUUCAAAAAAGCAUGUGAGGAAGCCGAUCUGCAAAUUCUAUCUUGCGGGCUUCUGUCCCGAUGGGAGGCAGGCGUGUAAGGAGGGUGCGCACCCGAGGUGGACGACAGGGUUGGCACCACCAACAGUGAGGAAGCCAAGAGAAGAGAGAGAGGAGGGCGGUGACAUGGGGAUGGAGGGCGGUAGGGACCGCGGGAGAGGGGAUGGCGGUGAUAGAGGAGACAGAGGCUUUGGAGGAAGAGGCGGUUUUGAGGGGAGGAGAAGGUAUUAUGGUGGGAGAGGUGGUGGGAGGAGAGAUAGGGACCGGUAG